AUGAGAGGCAACACUCGUCCUACUAGUACUACUACUACUGCUGCUGCUGCUGCUGCCUCUCAUGGAAUUGAAGUGGAUAUAGAGUUUAAGGCAGUUGAACACCCAAUUGAGCCUCUGGCCAAUGAUCAACCAGUAAAAUGCCCCUUACCAGAACCUUCCAUUCUCAAUGAUUCAAGAAUAUGGAAGGAACAGAAGCCAGCAAAUACACAAAGAAGGGCUGACUUGCCAGUUAUGAAGGAAGGGGCGAGCCUUGAAUCUGAAGCUGGUGGAACAAAUCAAUGUCCUUCCUCAUCCAAUAGCACAAUUUUACCUUCCCUUAUUAGUGCACCAGAGGAUAAUAUCAUCAUUCUAAUGGAAGAAUGUAAUGCGUCUGUGGUCUAAAAUGACUGUUACUGGCUGGUCAUCUUUGAGAUUUGUUUUCAUUAUCAUCUUAUUAAGAAGUGCUUCCAUGUAUUUUUCUUUUCUCCCUCUACCCUUCUCCUCCUCCUCCUCCUUUUUCCCUUUUCUUGUUUAGUAUUAGUUGACUGGUAAAAUUUUACUGAAAGAGAAAGAAGGUAGAUUAUCUGUAAUUAUGUAAUCAAAUCACUGGAAAGUCAAAUGUUAUGUAUUUGUAUUUAAAAUCUCAUCAAAGGAAGUACAACUUAAUGUCUCA